AAUGACCAACCACCCCCACCCAACCACUGCUACCAUGCCCCAUGGUACAUGGACUUCUGUAUAGGAGCUGCGGCUGCAAUGGCAGCAACCUUGCUCACCAAUCCCUUCGACGUCCUAAAAACACGAACCCACCUCCAAGGGGAACUGAAAACCCGUGGCAAUUACGUAGCCCACUACAAAGGCCCUUUCCAGUCAAUCGCCAUCAUCAUCAAAAAAGAAGGCAUUCUGGCCCUUCAAAAGGGUCUUCUCCCGUCUGUACUCAAUCAAGGGGUGCGAAAUGGCAUCAAGUUGGGCUUCUACGGGUGGUUGUCGAACUCGGGCUACCUCUGCGACGCCGGUAACAGGACGAUUUUUUACAACAGUUUGGUGGCUAGUGCUUUUGGUGGUGGCGUGGGGGCGUUUCUGGGGACCCCCUUGUAUACACUGACUACGCAAUUUCAAGCGAAGGCUUCCCCGGAGAUUGCUGUGGGGUACCAACACGAGCAUACAAGUCUUGUACAGGCCUUAAAAACGACUUAUAAUACUUCCGGUGUUCGAGGUUUAUGGAAAGGGACGAACGCCAAUGUUGUUAGGUCGGUUGUGGGGGCUGCGGCACAGCUUACCACUUUCACUCAGACGAAGGAAGUCCUUCGGGAAUACGAAGUAUUUCGUUAUUCCAGAGUUUUGACUGCUUUUAUUGCUGGUACUUUUGGAGGGAUUUGUCAAAGUCUGCUUCAAACUCCCUUCGAUCUUGUUUGUGUAAGGGUGAAUAAUCAGUAUGUUGACCCAACUGGGAGAGGAGCACUCUACCAGGGAAUGAUCGACUGUUUUUACAAAAUCGUCAAAUACGAAGGGGUUUUGGGACUAUACAAGGGCUUUCUCAUUACUCACAUUAAGAAUGGCAGACAUACAACUCUGUACUUAAUGUUCUGGGAGCUGCUGAAAGCCCAUCAAUACGAUGUUCGUCCAAUAAAAGACCCCAGUCGUAGUUGUUAUUACGACUCUAGGGACAUUUAAGAAGAUCCAUAAACGUAAACUCAAAUUUGUAUCUAUAGUCAGAUUUUAA